CUCUCCCCCUACCUUCCUCCUCCCUCUCUCUAUCUCUCUCCCCCUACCUUUGUCUCCAUCUCUCUCCAUCUUCCAGUGUUCAAGACUGCGGUGGUCUUUGUGUACAGAGAUCGCUCCAAGCAGAGGAAGAAGCUUGGCGGGUCUCAUCGUCCUGCUGUGUCAGAUGACAGAGUCCCGUUCCUUUUCCGUCACAUGAUCUCAACAGACGCCCUACAAGUCCGCGCCCUCACAAACUCCGAGGGUACAGCGGUGUGUGAGAUAGUUCACGUGAGGUCAGAGUCUGAGGGGAGACCAGAGAGAACCUUUCACCUGUGCUGCAGUUCUGUGGAGAGUAAGAAGGACUUCCUGAAGACAGUCCACUCCAUCCUGAGGGAUAAACAACGACGUCAGCUGAUGAAGACUGAGUCUCUACCUCCCAACCAGCAGUAUGUCCCCUUCGGAGGAAAACGCCUCUGUAACCUCAAGGGAAACAGACCGGCAAUGAACAGAGCAGUCUCAGCCCCGUCUCGGACCCUUGGUCGCAGGAAGCUGGUUAGGAACCGAUUCAUCAUUGACACCGACCUCGUUCUCCAUGACAACCACGAAGACUCUGACUCUAACCCCUCCCACUCUACCCAUGACCAUUCCCACCAGCCUCCACAUUCCCAUAACCUCCUGCCUCCUACCCAGAAGCCUCAGCAGCGGACGCUGGUGGUGACUGGAGGCGACACGGACCGCUGGGUGGAGGAACAGUUCGACCUGGGUUGCUACGAUGACCAGGGAGGAGUGACGGGGGAGGAGAGGAGGAUGGAGGGAGGGAUAGAGGGAAGGAUGGAGGGAGGGAUAGAGGGAAGGAUGGAGGUGAAAGAGACGGACAUUCUGAGCGACGAUGAUGAGUACUGCAAGUCAGUCAGGGCUUCGUCAGCCGAAUCCAGCCUCCUGGAGGAGAGGAUGGAGGGAGCAACUCUAGAGGAGAGGAACAAAGACCAGGACAGAGGGGUAGAAGAGGAGGCGGAGGAGGCGGAGGGAAAGAAAGACGAGAGGAGACAGAACGGAGAGGUAGAGGAAGAGAGGAGGACCUCCCAGGGCAUUUUCCAAGAGGCCGAGGGGGGUGAAAGGGGUGAGUUACAGGUAGACUCUGACUCCCCCGUCCCUCCCCCCUCACGGUCCCCCGCACCCCCGGCGAAGCUUACCCCCCUCAGGAAGCAAUGGGCCGCGGAGGGCGUGGCCGGGAAGCAGUGUUCCGUGGAGCGAGUGGCCGAGAGGGACCACUGUGAUGUCAUCUGGGUGCGACGCGAAGACUAUGCCAACGGAGGGAACAACGACGUCUUCUGAGACUGAGGAACGGAUGAACAACAGAAAGAGAGGAAGAGAAGAGAUCAACGCCUUCUAGGGAGAAGAGGAUAUGACACACGGCAUAUGACAGACGGGAUAUGACAGACGGGACAUGACACAUGGCAUAUGACAGACGGGAUAUGACAGAUGGGACAUGACAGACGGGAUAAGACAGACGGGACAUGACAGACGGGAUAAGACAGACGGGACAUGACAGACGGGACAAGACAGACAGGACAAGACAGACAGGAUAUGACAGACGGGAUAUGACAGAGAGGAUAUAACAGACAGGAUAUGACAGACGGGAUAUAACAGACGGGAUAAGACAGACGGGACAAGACAGACAGGAUAUGACAGACGGGAUAUGACAGACAGGAUAUAACAGACAGGAUAUGACAGACGUGAUAUAACAGACGGGAUAUGACAGAUGGGAUAUGACAGACGGGAUAUGACAGACGGGAUAUGACAGACGGGAUAAGACAGACGGGCUAAAACAGAUGGGCUAAGACAGACGGGACAUGACAGACGGGAUAAGACAGAUGGGCUAAAACAGACGGGCUAAGACAGACGGGAUAAGACAGACGGGAUAUGACAGACGGGAUAAGACAGACGGGAUAUGACAGACGGGAUAAGACAGACGGGCUAAAACAGAUGGGCUAAGACAGACGGGAUAUGACAGACGGGAUAAGACAGACGGGACAUGACAGAUGGGAUAUGACAGACGGGAUAAAACAGAUGGGAUAUGACAGACGGGAUAUGACAGACAGGACACAAAUGUGACUGCUGAGUUCGUUCACACAAGCUUUAAAUAGGAGGUUUUCGAGGAGGGAUGAAGGACCCUUGUCGAUGUUAAACUCUAUCUCCUCUCACCGCUCCACGGGUGUAUUCCCCAGGAACCAAACAGGGAGGGACUAACCUGAACUUUGUCCAAUAAAGAAACACUCAUUUUCAUUUACGAAACGUUUUUUCCAUUACAAAACGAUUUGCACUAAUGAAUACAACCCCCGUCGCUCACCUUCUCCUGACAAUCCUACUGUCUUCUACUCGGCGACAGACUCACAGGCUCACAAUGCCUCAACUGAACUGCUAUCAGAUGGGAGAGAGAGGCCGCACACGCAAACACACUGGACUAUGAUCUUGUUGCCAAAAAAAAAAAAAAAAAAAAGUUUAUUUUUCAAACGCAGGAGUGACGGGUCAUAUUUUUGCUUCUCUGACUUAGAAACGGUGUUUGUUUGUUUGUUUUGUAACACUCAAGGGCUGUGUGUAACUUCGAAAACCUUGUCUGCAUCUCAGAUGCUACCGUACCGUGUACCCUUUUUAGUGCACUGUUCACCCUGGACCCAUAGGGUUCUGAUCCUAAACCUUGUCUUCAGGGGCUACAGACUGCUGUGUAAUAUACGACAUAGAGAUAGAUAGAGGACACAACUUGGAUAUAAUUACAAAGAUGAGAUCUCUUUCCAUCUCUAUGGUGUACAACCCUGCUAGCUUUACCGCGCUUAUACUCUUCUGCUCUAUAUCGGCUGCUGAUAGAACUCAGAGCAACUGUCCAGGCACAAUUAUAGCGUAUUGUCUUUUCUAAAAUAACAUUUUUAUUCACGUCUACCAACGUAUUUGUUCAAAUCUUGAUUUUGUUGACUAUGGGGGGAAAAAAUGAACUAAACAAUUAUUUUUUUUGUUUUUAUUUCUGUUUACAUGACAGCCAGUGUUACUCACUCCCUGACCCUCGCAUGGGACAGGAUAUGACAUCAUAAUAGUAAUAAUAUUACUUCCUGUUUUACUUGAAUUUUCUUUGGAGUUAUGUUUGAAAGGAAAAUGUUUGACAAAACACCGGCUGUUACUGACUGCAAAGCAGGAUCAAUGAAUUAGCAGGAUCAAUGAAUUAGCAGGAUCAAGGAAUUAGCAGGAUCAAUGAAUUAGCAGGAUCAAGGAAUUAGCAGGAUCAAUGAAUUAGCAGGAUCAAUGAAUUAGCAGGAUCAAGGAAUUAGCAGGAUCAAUGAAUUAGCAGGAUCAAUGAAUUAGCAGGAUCAAGGAAUUAGCCAGCUGACGUUGAUUACAAGAAAACCAUAAUUUUUCUGGUUCAUUAAGAAAGCUAAACUUAGAUCUUUGUUUUUGGUUCUUGAGUAAAUUAGACCAUAAUGCCCAUUUCAAGCUUAUCUUUAAAGUAAGAAGUUAUUUCAGAACAUUUAGGCAAGUAAGCUGGAUAACUCAAUAAAUAUGCUUUGUAGUAUACCCAUCUGGACUGCUGCCAAUGUCGACCCUACUACUGUGUCAUGCUGCCUUCAAAAUGCUCCUCAGAACUGGGAAAUACAAGGUUCCCGACUGGGAACUAAAUAGUUGAACGACCCUGCCAAGUCGGACUUCCAAGUGGAAAAAGUCUGAGGUAAUUUUGAUACCCCGAGUUUACGAGUUGUGAUGUUUCGUCACUGACCUUUCAAUGAAAAGAUAAAAAACAAAUAAACAUUUUGACAUCGUCUAACUCACUGUAUCAAUGUGGAUAAUGCUGCUAGUUUGACAAUAUUAUCAACAUUAAGAAAGCUAGUCAACUUUAUCAUUAUAAAUGUUAGCUAGCUCAUCUAGCUAGCUAAAAUCUCAUUGGUUAAAGAAUUGUUUCCGAAUUCAAAAGCAAUUGAACAAAGUAAUGUCAGACUUACGACUUUCUAAUUUAAAUGUUUCAGUUCCAACGAGCAUUAGCUUCUGACUAGCUCUUAGAGGAGUUAGCAUUAGCUUCUGACUAGCUCUUAGAGGAGUUAGCAUUAGCUUCUGACUAGCUCUUAGAGGAGUUAGCAUUAGCUUCUGACUAGCUCUUAGAGGAGUUAGCAUUAGCUUCUGACUAGCUCUUAGAGGAGUUAGCAUUAGCUUCUGACUAGCUCUUAAAGGAGUUAGCAUUAGCUUCUGACUAGCUCUUAAAGGAGUUAUCCUUAGCUUCUGUUUCCUCUUGUGGUUGUACGACAAGUCACAAUCAAGGCAGCACGCAAAGCAAAGACGAAAACGUUUUUCGAACACUCAGACCCCUGUUCUUCUUUUGGUUUUGCACUAUGGAAGCCCCGCCUCAUCAGUCCUCCAGAACCAAAACAAAACAACCGCUGGGUCCUCUCUGCUGGGUGGAAAUAGAAACUAAAGACUGUUCCUUUUGAAGUAGAACAAACCUCCCCUGGUUACCAGAUACGUGUAGCGUACCACAAAGCGGGAUCGAUGAGUUAACCGGCUAACUUGCCUAAAUAUUCUGAAAUAACAUUACUUAUUUUAAAAAGACAAGGUUGAAAUGGGCAUAGUCUAACUGAACCAAUAACUAAAAAACACAUUUUAAAGUUUAGCUUUCUUAUUAAUAAACCAGAAAAUCUAUAUUUAUUUCUGGUUGUUUAUUUAAAGUUAGCUGUUGAACUCAUUGAUCCUGCUUUGUUUACCUCUUCUGGAUUAGUUGCCAGAUCUUUUUGUUGUUGUCAUGUCAAACAGAAUGAUAUUUAUCUACAAAUGAGCAAAGCUAUAACAACAACAAAAAAGUUUGAAAGUUUGAAAUCUGAAAAAAAAAAAAACAGCUCUUUUGUUGUCUGUUUACAUUUGACAUUUUGGUCAUUUAACAGAUGCUCUUAUCCAGAGUAACUUCCUGUCUAUUCCCACCCGGGGAUCUAUGUCCUAAUUCCUCACUAGGCUUUCUCUCCCACACUGUCUUGUUCUAUGGCUAUCUAAUACUCGUGGCACAAAACACAGAAUACUGUAUAUCUCAAAAAAAAGAAAAAAGAACACAGACUUAUUUAUGGAUGUAUUCAAACUGCACUUCUACUCAACCGUGGGACAGAAUUACAUGGAACUGAGAGACUGUUUGAUCAACACAACACAUAUAUCCGGGAUUAAACAGGAACCGGGGUUUUAACUGCACAAUAUACAUUCAUAGGGGUUCUAUAACCGCUAGAGCUUCUAUAACAAGAAAACACUCUGGCUCCAGUUAUAGCUUAUAUACUGUAUAUAUAUAUAUAUAUAUAUAACAAGGACCCCCGAGUUGUUCCUUGUUAGUUGACACAAUCGUGCAGAUAAAACUCCUGGCUCCGAGUUAGCAAUGAGACCUAUAUGCAGGAUGUUCAGGAAUGCUGGACUUAAAAACACAACUAAUAGUAGUUGUUGUUGUUGAUAGAGUUGUUAGCGUUAGCACACACGGCAAAUCAAUGAUCUUUUAAUAACUCCUAGGACCUAUACUACUACUACUACUGUUACUACCCCUGAUGCAUCCCAAACCGUACCCUAUCCCCUAUAUAGUGUAAUACUUUUGCCCAGUUCCCCGUAGGGCUCUGGUCUAAAGUAGUGGGUAUAGGGUAUAGGGUAGUGUUUAUUGGGACGUAAACAUUGUGAAGUACAAUCGCUGGUCUAGAGCUGAAUCUUGUGACUUCCUUUGACUUUCCCCUCUUUUUUUUGUAUUUUGCCAUUUUCUUUUGUAAACUGUGUUCGUAAAUAGGACUGCCGAUUACCAUUAAUAUAACUAUUAUUAUUAUUACUAUUGUUAUUAUUAUUAAAAAAAUUACAUUUCUUAUCGGA